AUGGCCUCUGACGACGAUUUGCAGGCUCUGGACACCCAUCACGACGAAAAAGAUUGGGAGUCGCAGAAGGAGAAUUUCCGCAUUUGUUACAUUGAUGACGGCAUGACGCGCAAGGAAGCCGCAGAGUACAUGAAAGAACACUUCAACUUCAGCGCCACUCCCCGCCAAUGGGAGCGCAAAAUCAAGCAGUGGGGAUUUUCAAAGUACGCAAAUCGAGAGGAAAGGCUUCAUCAGAUUGCGCAAACCGGCAAAACCGUCUACGAUGUGAGUCGUCCUGGUCGAAGACCUCGUUCACAUGUGGACGAGCGCGGCAAUCUCCAACCACACGAGGAUCGCAACCUGCGUCGUUUCGCCCGUCGAGAACUCAGUCGCUCGAGGUCGAGGUCAAGAUCUGCUUCCUUCACCGACAUGCCGCGUCCACAAUUCAAACAAGAAUUUUCGGAUCCCUCCGCAAAUGCCUCAAUGGAGUCCCCAUUUAACUUCAACCAACUCGGUUUGGAAAUGCAACGGAGUUCCAGCAACGACGGAUUCCACAUGGCCUCAACACAAUCCGGCAGUGGACUGCAAACCUUCCAACCUCAAAUCUUUCAAGGACAUGAACCCGGCGCGUACGGGACGUCUGCUAAUCCCAAUAACCUUCCUCUUUCCGUCGGCCACAGUCAAUGGGGUCAGACACAAGCAGAUGGAACUCAUCGGUUUGGCGCUGUUGGAGCUCAAACAAAUUACACGGUCUUUCCGGACGAUCCGACAUCCUCGCAAACCCCCCCGGUAGGCGGCGUCCCAAAUGGCAAUCAGUGCUUCUCGGUAAGUGCAAACGACCCGACAUUUGGUUUCCCUAUCACCGAACCCUCGGUGCCGUCAUUAUCAGCAGACUUUAGUCAGUACGUCAUGGCUGGUACCGACAUGGCGAUGGCUCCAGUAAUGUUGCCCGAGGACAUGAUGACUGAGCAAUCGGGGUUCAAUAACACUAUACCAGUCCCUCUGGGCUCGGAGACAUUAAACCAGACCGGUUUCGAUAACAAUCCAGGGAUCCAGUUUGCUGUGGUGGAUGUGGACUCAACACCAAUGCUUGCUGCUGCCGACGCGGCUCCAUUGCACCCUUCGCUGGGCAUAGACGAUUUAUUUCUAGAGCCCGGCACGGGCAACGAUGGCCCUCUCCAGAAUGAUGUGUUGCCACUUGUGGAGGAUUACACUCGAGCUGUUCAAGCUGCAGCCCUCGGCUUCAUGAACAGGUCUUCACACGACAACAGCAUGGCUGCGGGCGACUUAGCCGCGGAUCUUGUUCAACCAAGCAGGGCAUUCCUGGCAAACAUGGCCGUCAUCCUCGACAACUUUGCAAAGUCACAGCAGAGAUCUCUCCAGAGCAUGAAGGAUACCUGCAGGAACCUCCGACAAAAGAAUGCACGGCUCAUGCAGUUCAUCAAUAGCAAAACCGCACAACAGACGUCGUUCAAGAUGUUGGUGAUCCUGUGGGACCCUGACACGCUCCUCCACAAAACCGUGGAGUUGUUAGGCUCCAACCUCAUCCCUGCCUUGGAGUCACCGGAACGUCUUGAAGCAAUCCUGAAAGCUCUUCACCACUCUGAAUAUAGGAGUUGCACCAAACAAAUCAGCUCUGUGAGGGAAGGCCCAAAUCCCCGACUUCUGAGACUCACCUCAGAAACCCACGGCCUCGAAUAUUUACAGCAUCUACGAGACGUAUACGAGGAGUGGCUCUCGGCGGGUCUGAUAGACAGAGAUGGCCAUGUGUUGCCGGAGUGUUUUGUGUUUCCCACUUCCACGAGAAAGCCGCUACGUGCACCUAAAGACCCCUUCGCAAGAGCAGGGUAUUAUGCCUUUGAUAUGAGCAGUGGCAUCAUGUCAGAGAGUUAUCGAGCCAUAGUAGCAUCGGCGAACCUCGCAUGUGAAGGGGCAGACAUGCUUUCUAGCUUUGACAAUGGGCUUCCCAACGACAUUGACACUGUCGUCGCUCUAUGUCGGCCUCCAGGGCACCACUGUGAUGGCCAACGAGCAGGUGGCUACUGUUACAUCAACAACGCUGCUUUAGCGGUGAGCUCAUGGCGUUCGCAUCAGCCUAAUGCGCAGAUCGGAAUCCUGGACAUCGACUUCCACCAUGGCAAUGGCACACAGGAGAUUUUCUACGCCGACGCCAAGGUUAUUUAUGUGAGUAUCCACGGCAAAGACGAGUUUCCGUAUUACACCGGCGAGGAAGACGAGACGGGGAUAGACGAAGGACAGAACAUGAACAUCAACCUUCCGCUCAAAGUCGGCUGUUCAAUUGAAGAGUAUCUGACGAAACUUGAAUACGGUCUGAAGAAACUGGUGGAGUUCAAGACUGAGUUCUUAAUUGUGAGCCUGGGGUUUGACACGUUCCACGCCGACCCAUUAGGGCAUUUUCAGAUCCAUACAGAAGAUUAUGAGACUAUUGCAAGGACAACGAGGCAGGUACUGAAGACAGUUCCAGCUCUUGUUCUUCUUGAGGGGGGGUAUGUCAUCGAGCAUCUCGGAGCAAACAUGUUGUCCUUUCUCAAAGGAUGGAACUCUGCCUGA